AUGGAGCUUAUUAAGAUAGGAUGGGUAUCCUUUGAAGACAAGCCCAAUGUUAAUUCAAACCCGUUGCCUAAACAUGCCUCAAGUAGUAGUGGAAUAGGCAUGAUAGAAGUUGGAAAUCAAUGCAAGGUGUUGAAGGUGUCUAUGGAAAAGAUGUACUACAUGUUAGUACGAUCAAGAUUUCUAGAGGCAAAUAUGGAAGGCCAUUCGGAGGGAGGUAGUUAUUGUGAGUUCCAUGGAAGAGAUGGACACUAUAUUGAGGAUUGCAUCGAGUUUUGCGAAAAGAUUGCAAAAAUGUUAAAAAUGGGGCAAUUAAGAAUUGAACCCAUGGAGAACAGGGGUGAGGUGAGUAUGAUAGAAGAUCAGAUGGAGAUGACAGGAGUAUGCAGGGUCCAACAAACAGCUAAUGGUCCCCCAAGGCUAAUCUUGGUUAAACCAUCCUACACAAAAGGGAAUCACAAUGCCAUGCCUUAUAAUUAUGGUUAUGCCUCCAACGUUCAAGCUCCUCUUCCUUUGUUCCAGACUGAGAUAAGUGGGUUGACCAGGAGUGGUCGUUGCUUUACUUCCGAGGAGUUGAGGAAGGAAAAGGGUAAAGAAGUGGUAGAUCUUGACAAAGCACUAGAAGUUAAUAAGCCAGUAACAGAAGAGGAGUCGAAUGAAUUCCUGAAGUUGAUCAAGCAUACUGAUGAGCUUGAUGCUGAAGGUACCGGACAUAACAAGCCUUUAUACAUUACGGUUAGGUGCAAGGACUGCCUCAUAGGAAAAGUACUCAUUGAUAACGGAUCGGCCCUUAAUGUGUUGCCAAAGCACAUGUUGGAAGAAAUGCCGAUCGAUGAAUCCCAUAUAAAGCCAAGUACUAUGAUGGCCAGAGCAUAUGAUGGCUCACCUAGGCCAAUAAUUGGGACUCUAGAAGUGGAGCUAUAUGUGGGACCACAAAUGUUCCUAGCUGAGGAGACAGUAUCCAUGAUAAAGAAUGUGGCUGUGCCUUUUAUCGAAGCGAAUGAUUGCAAGGGUAACAAUAUCCAUGCCUUUGAGAUUGUGAACACCGACUGGGUGCCGGAGAAUACAGUGCUAAGAAGGCCAAGGAUCUCAGAAGCAGCAAGGAUGGCAAGUCUAUGCCUUUUGAACCGCGGGAUCCCAGUUCAGUAUAACUUUAUUAUCAGGAUACCAGAAGGGGUUAAUCUGGCAAGGAUGAAAAGUGCUGCUCAAAGAUUUGGGUUAGGAUACCAACCUAACCAAGAAGAUUAUCGGUGGGCUGCUGGUCGGAGAAGGGCAAGAAGGAUGGCUAGAAUUAAAGGAAGAGAGCCUGAUGAAGAAAAGCUAGAAAUCCCUCCCCUUAGCGUGUCAUUCUCAAAAGCUGCAUACAUAAUGCAACAUGAUAAAGAAGCCGAAAGCCUCGAUCAAGAGCUGUCAAACCUGAGCAUAAAUGCCUUGGGGGAAAACAAGGUGGAAGGAGAUGACAUGAAGACAGUAGCAAGAAAGGGAGAUGAAGCGCUCCCACAACUGACGGUCUACACCAUAGAAGAAGUCUCCGCCAAGACCUUUGUGCGCAAGCUAGUAGAACAACAGGAACAGACUUGGAAGCCUAUCGCCGAGGAACUCGAAACCAUCAAUGUGGGUAGUGAUCAGCUCAAGAAAGAGUUGAAAAUAGGUACCUUAGUUACUUCUGAACAAAGGACAAAAAUGAUCGCCCUGUUACAAGAAUAUGCAGAUGUCUUUGCUUGGUCUUAUGAAGAUAUGCCUGGUUUGGAUACAAAUAUUGUAGUACACAAGAUACCGUUGGAAGAAGGCUGUAAGCCAAUCAAGCAGAAGCUGAGGAGGGCCCACCCGGAUGUCUGGAUCAAGGUCAAGGCAGAACUCGAGAAGCAAUGGGAUGCUGGCUUUCUAGAAGUAGUUAGAUAUCCACAUUGGGUAUCUAACAUUGUUGUGGUACCUAAGAAGGAGGGGAAGAUUAGAGUAUGCGUGGAUUUUCGGAAUUUGAAUAAAGCUAGCCCCAAGGAUGAUUUUCCUUUACCACACAUAGAUGUUUUAGUGGACAAUGCAGCCCGGAGUUCCACAUAUUCCUUUAUGGAUGGUUUUUCGGGAUACAACCAGAUAAAAAUGGCUCCGGAGGAUAAGGCGAAAACAACUUUUGUCACACCGUGGGGGACAUUCUGCUAUAAGGUCAUGCCAUUUGGAUUGAAGAAUGCAGGAGCAACCUAUCAAAGAGCAAUGGUGACUUUGUUCCACGACAUGAUGCACAAGGAAAUUGAGGUGUAUGUAGACGACAUGAUUGCCAAGUCUAAAAGAGGAGAGGAUCAUGUUGAAGUUUUGAGGAAGUUGUUUGAGAGAUUGAGGAAGUAUGAAUUAAGGCUCAAUCCUGCCAAAUGUUCAUUUGGAGUUAAAUCGGGUAAGCUGUUAGGAUUUGUGGUAAGUGAUAGAGGUAUAGAGGUGGAUCCAGAUAAAGUAAGGGCCAUCCAAGCUAUGUCAUCCCCUAAGACGGAGAAGGAAGUAAGAGGAUUCUUGGGAAGGAUAAACUACAUUGCUCGGUUCAUAGCUCAGUUAACAACGACGUGUGAACCAAUAUUCCGACUACUAAGGAAAAAGAAUCCUGGAACCUGGAAUGAGGAGUGUGAGGAGGCAUUCAAUAAAAUCAAGCAUUAUUUGCAAAAUCCACCUUUACUGGUCCCUCCGGUAUCGGGAAAACCUCUAGUAUUGUAUCUAACAGUGACUGAAGCAGCUAUGGGAUGUGUAUUGGGUCAGCAUGAUGAAACCGGAAGGAAGGAAAGAGCUAUUUAUUACUUAAGUAAGAAAUUCACUGAAUGUGAGUCUAGAUACACGGAGAUAGAAAGGCUUUGUUGUGCGUUGGUGUGGGCAGCAAAGAGGUUGCGGCAUUAUAUGUUAUACUAUACCACUUGGUUGAUUUCAAAAGUGGAUCCUCUGAGGUACAUUUGUAACAAGCCAUUUCUCUCAAGUCGAAUUGCAAGGUGGCAAGUUCUAUUAGCAGAAUAUGACAUAGUAUACAUGACAAGGAAAGCUGUAAAAGGAAGUGCAAUCGCGGACCAUCUGGCCGAUAAUGCUGUUGAAGAUUACGAACCUUUGGAUUUUGACUUCCCUGAUGAAGAUAUAUUGUCAAUAGAGAAAGAAGAAGAGAAGACAGAUUGGUGGACGAUGUUUUUUGACGGUGCAGUGAAUGUAUAUGGUAACGGGGCCGGUGCGGUAAUAAUCUCUCCAGAUAAGAAACAGUAUCCAGUUUCGGUUAAACUACAUUUCGAGUGCACCAACAACACAGCUGAGUAUGAAGCUUGUAUCCUCGGGUUAGAAGCGGCAUUAGAGUUGAAGAUAAAGAAGUUAGAUGUAUAUGGAGAUUCAAUGUUGAUUAUCUGUCAGGUUAAAGGGGAAUGGCAGACUAAGGAGGAAAAGUUAAGGCCGUACCAAGAAUACCUAUCCACGCUAGCAAAGGAAUUUGAAGAAAUUAGAUUCACCCAUCUGGGAAGGGAGGGGAAUCAUUUUGCGGAUGCUUUGGCCACACUAGCUGCUAUGACUACCAUUGAUCUCAAGUGCAAAGUACAACCGGUCCACAUUGACAUUAGAAAUGACCCAGCUCAUUGUUGCUUAGUUGAAGGAGAGAUAGACGGACAACCUUGGUAUUAUGAUAUCAAGAACCUUGUGCAAAAUCAGGAAUAUCCAGUGGGAUCCUCCAAAACGGAUAAGAAAACCUUGAGAAGGUUGGCUACAGACUUUUAUUUAGAUGGAGAGAUUCUGUACAAAAGAUCAUUUGAUGGAACCUUGCUAAGGUGUUUGAAUGAGGCAGAUGCUAGAAAGGCAUUACGGGAGGUCCAUGAGGGGAUUUGCUCAACCCAUGCUAGCGGGCAUAUGAUAGCAAGGAAAAUCCAAAGGGCCGGUUAUUUUUGGAUGACACUAGAGAAAGACUGUAUCGACUAUGUCAGGAAAUGUCAUAAAUGUCAAGUUUACAGUGACAAGGUCAAUAUGCCACCAGCUCCUCUAUUUAAUCUGAUAUCUCCUUGGCCAUUUGCAAUGUGGGGAAUCGACGUGAUCGGACCUGUUAACCCAAAAGCUAGCAACGGUCAUAGAUUCAUCCUUGUGGCUAUUGACUACUUCACCAAAUGGGUGGAAGCUAAUUCGUAUGCCCAUGUAACACAGAAGGUAGUGAAGAGGUUCAUAGAAAAGGAUUUGAUUUGUCGAUAUGGUCCUCCGGAAAAGAUAGUGACAGAUAAUGCACAGAAUUUCAAUGGCAAAAUAAUAGUGGAGCUGUGUACUAAAUGGAAAAUCAAGCAUUCGAAUUCCUCACCAUACCGACCAAAAAUGAAUGGCGCAGUAGAAGCCGCCAACAAGAACAUCAAGAAGAUUAUUCAGAAAAUGGUAGUCACAUACAGAGAUUGGCAUGAGAUGUUGUCAUUCGCUCUUCACGCAUACCGCACUACAGUUAGGACCUCGACGGGAACAACUCCAUAUUCGUUGGUGUACGGUAUGGAAGCAGUGAUGCCUUUGGAAGUAGAAAUCCCGUCGUUAAGAGUAUUGAUGGACUCCGAAUUAGAAGAGGCCGAGUGGGCCAAAGUGAGAUAUGAGCAACUGAACCUGAUCAGUGAAAAGAGGAUGGCUGCAAUAUGUCAUCACCAACUGUACCAGAAACGAAUGGCCAAGGCAUAUGAUAAGAAGGUUAGACCGCGGUUAUUUCAAGAAGGGGAUCUAGUAUUGAAGAAAAUAUUGUCACUACCUGGAGACGAUCAAAGCAAAUGGGCACCGAAUUACGAAGGUCCUUACAUAGUUAAGAAGGCAUUCUCAGGAGGAGCACUGAAGUUGGCUAGAAUGGAUGGAGAAGACCUAGCUCGACCUGUGAAUUCUGACUCUGUAAAAAGAUAUUAUGCUUGA